GCCUGUCAACACAGACGUCUUGUGUUUAUAUUUUUACCCACUGACAGAAACAAUCACUGCUGUGAAAUCUCUUCAGUCCUCACAACAGUUUAGCAGCGGGUGGUUAUGGCGCUGCCUGCAGGCUUUCUGUCUGAAGACCAGUUCACCUGCUCCAUUUGUCUGGAGGUGUUCACCAACCCAGUAUCAACGCCAUGUGGUCACAGCUUCUGCCAGGCCUGCCUCUCCUCUUACUGGGAGGGAGUGGGAGGAAAGAUCUUCCAGUGUCCCCUCUGUAAGGAGUCCUUCCGCAAGCGCCCAGAGCUUCAGAUCAACCGAACCCUGAGGGAAAUCACUGAACGAUUCAAGGAGAUUGCCAAUUCUAGAAUGGCAAUGGAUGACAGAGGUGGAGAAGGAGUGGAGGACACCAACUCUCAUCCUCACCAUCAUCACAACCCGGCCACGAGGCCAGGAGAGAUGCCGGAGAGCAUCUUUACCGAGAUGAUGACACGUUUCCAACAGCUACCAGCUCAUCCCAGUGACUCUCACGACCAAAGCCCCAACAGAGUCAAUUCUCAAAUGGCCUUCAGGGCUCAGAGCACAGAGCAGCUCGAUCCACCUCCAUCCUAUUCAUCUCUCCGCAGGUACACUCUGAGCGGUCCAAGUGAAUCUUUGCCCAGUCUGCCUCUGUGUCCCCUCCACCUGAGAGCUCUUGAGUUCUUCUGUCGCGCUGACAACUCGUGUGUGUGCAACUUGUGUGUGGAGGCAGGAGAGCACAAAGGACACACCGUCAUCCCCGUCAAGAGGGAGUGGCACAUCAAGAAGGCCCAGUUAGAAAUUGAGGAGGUGGAGCUGAGGGAUCUGAUCUGUGAGAGAGAGAGGAAAGUGGAGGAAAUACAGGGAUCCUUACGAGAGAUACAGGCUGCUGCUGAUAGAGAGACCUAUGAGGCUGUGUGUGUGUUCUCCAAACUGAUCUCCAGUGUGGAGCACUGCCAAGAUGAAGUCAUGGAGGGGAUAGAGAUGAGUCAUCGAGCAGCCAAGCACAGAGCUCAGAGUCUGCUGAGAGAGCUGGAGGAGGAAAUCGCUGUGCUGAAGAGGAGGAGUACAGCACUGAGCCAGCUGGCUGGAUCUGGAGACUGCAUAGACUUUCUCAAGACGUUCUCUGGCCUGUCCACCCCUCCUCCAGCUAAGGACUGGUCCAGUGUCUCUGUGUCGUCCGAGCUGACCUCAGGGCUGAUUCUACAAAACCUCAGUCUAAUGAUGGAGAACUUUCAGGAAGAGAUGCGCAAACUGCCAGAACUUAGCCAGCAGUCGUCAUUGGACGUAUCUGUACCCAGACCAAACCCAAAGAUAAGGAGGGUUCAGGAAUACGCAGCUGACAUCACUUUAGACCAAAACACAGCCCAUCCACGUCUCAUCAUCUCAGUAGAUGGAAAGCAGGUGCACUGCGGUGACCGUCAUCAGCUGGUUCCAGACUAUCCUGAGCGCUUUGAUCGGGUGGUGUGCGUGCUGGCCCGCCAGGGCUUCAGCUCAGGACGACAUUACUGGGAGGUCGAGGUUGGAGGAAAGACAGACUGGGACCUGGGAGUGGCAAGCCGGUCUGUCAAUCGGAAGGGCAAAAUCAGCGUAAGCCCCGCCCAUGGUUAUUGGUUCCUCAGCCUGCGGGAUCGGACCGACUUUGCCUUUCGAACGGAACCCUCAACCAACCUCUCAGUCAACCUCAGACCUUCACGGAUUGGAAUCUAUGUGGACUGUGACAAGGGACUGGUGUCCUUCUACAAUGUGGAGGCCAGAGUGCUCAUCUAUACAUACACAGAUAGUUUUCCUGACACCAUCCAUCCAUUCUUCAGCCCCUGUACUAACAAGUCAGGAAGAAAUGAGGGUCCACUAAUCAUUUGCUCUGUUGCAAUGACAGAAUGAAAAGAGUUAACAUUUGAAGGAAAUCUUUAGUAAUGAGGAAUGCUGUCACAGACAAACACCGGGAACAGCUUUAAUCAAAGCUUCACCUCAUUCCCUCAUGACAAUAGAGCAGACAGCAAACAGACUGUUGAUGUUGACGAGGGCGUCCCUCAUUCAAGACUCAAGGCAGCACUGGUCAAUACUGCUGUUAUAAUAAUAUUUAGUGCUGAAAGUCUUGAAGAAUCUUGACACAGCAUUAGGUGCAUGAAAAAGAAAGAGUAAAUGCGGCUGUGAUUCAAAUUAUCCACAUCAUUUGGCUGAAGUUAGGUUUCAAAGCACAGCAUAUGUUGGCAUGUUAACAGGGAUGUGCUGUGGGCAACGUCUGCUUACUGAGGAUGAUUCCUCAAAUAUGCCAUAAAGUGUUUUCCGCCCUCUUCAGGCUUCCAUUGAGCAUCAUGCUACAUUUCUGGCUGAGCUGGUUUAAAGCAUGCACUUCAUUUAAAAGUCAUAAAAACUAUUUAUUGACAGCUCAUCAGUCCAGCAGUUAGACCUGAGUCAUUUCAGGUGCACGUGUGAAUUGGUGUCUUCCUCCCUUGGUAAUGAAAUUAUGUCCCAUGCAUAAAAGUAGAAUUUCAAGGCUCUGAGAAUCUUUCACAAAUAUGAAAACGCCCAUGAGUGAAAAGUAGAGAAAGACUGAUAAUUAACCUUUUUUGCAGGUUAAGGUUACCAGUCAGUUGUUUUUACGGAGGCCUCCUUUAUAAAGGAAAUCUAUGAGGGGGUUGUAGAGUGGGGGCAAGAUGGCAGCCAGCUAACUCUCUGCCACCUUGCCUGUUUUAUGUCCAUUGAUGAAGCUCUUAUGUGUUGAUAUGCUGUUUGUAUAACAGUGAACAUGUUCCAACACUAACAAUAUCAGUUCUAGGUAAUUUAACCCAAAAUAAUUUAAUUCUAUCUUUCUUUAUUAAAUGUGUAGGUUUUCUCUGCUGCUGACCGUGGUUUCCCGUGGGAGUGGGUGCUCUCUGUUUCAGCUGUUGUUUGGUUUACAAGUCGAGAGGUUGUAUCUUCACACUACUUGUUAAUCUCUGUCUGCUUAAUCUUUUCAGUAGCUUGAUGUCUAACUUACUUCUCAUGAGUUUCUAUACUGUGGUAUGUUGAAUACAAUAAAUGUUAUUUUAAAACAUUAACUUAAACAUUAAUGGAACAUCACUGUGGACUCUUCGUUUGCUGUUGUCAGAAUAUUGAAGGAAAAAUCAAGUAGAUUUAAUUCACAGAGAGAUUGUUUAUGGAAAGAAAUUUUAAGAGUGGAAUUCUUGAAUAACAUGUACUUCAUCAGAUCAAAAUGCC